GGUCCACCUCCCUCUCUCACUCACUCAGUGCCCGGGUUGGAUUUACGCACAGCAGCGCAGCAGAGAGGGAGAGAGUUUUGGGGGGAAAAAAACUUGAUAAACUCUCCGCUGCGUGACUCCGCCAUGGACCAGAUGAUUGCGCGCUGCGAACAAACUCCACGGGGAAUCGUGAUUUCUCUGUGAAGUUCCUCCUCCACCUCCUCCUCCUCCACAGCAGCAGAAGAAGAGAGAUCUGUUUUUCUUUCUCCCCCCUAAGAGGAACCUGAACCACGACAGACUCGUAGAGAUGUUGCGCGCAAGAUGCGUCCUGGCGUGCGCCCUCCUCGCCUUUGUGCCGGCGGCGCGCGGCGCAGGGCGCGCGGCGGCGGCGACGCCGGCGGACGGUCUCGGCUUCCUGGAGAACAUCCUGCACUUCUACGGCGAGAACGCGUCGAUCUCCACGCGGGACCUGGAGGAUCUGCUGCUGCUGAUCUCGGCCCGCAGGUCCGACACGGUCGAGGUGGACAACCCGCUGGCGAACCAAGAGUGUCCCUCGGCAGAGCAGAUCUUGUCCCACUUCGGGUUCAGUAAUGUCAGCCAGCUGACCGUGGGACACCUGGGGAGGAUCUGUCCCGCCGUGUUGACCCAGGUGCUGCUGCCCUCCUGCCCCUACACCUCCAAGAUCGUGCUGUCUCCCGACUACUCUGUUUGGGGUUACGGGUUUCUGGCGGUCACCGUGAUCAACUUCGCGUCGCUGCUCGGCCUCCUGCUGAUUCCCUUCACCAAGAAAUCGUACUUCCCCAAAGUGCUGACCUACUUCAUCGGCCUGGCCAUCGGGACGCUCUUCUCCAACGCCGUGCUGCAGCUCAUACCGGAGGCGCUGGGUUUUGAUCCCAAAGCCGAUAACUACGUGGCGAACGCAGUGGGAAUAUUCGGCGGCUUUUAUCUCCUGUUCUUUGUGGAGAAGGUCCUGAAACUGUGUCUGCGGAUGGACCAUGAGCUCGGCCACAGCCACUUCACUCCCGCGGAGCUGCCUCAAGAAAACUCCCUUCACAACGGCGGCAUGGCGGAUAUGAGCGACUCCAUCAUUUUGUCUGGCAUUAGCACCGUCACCUUAGACAAGAGCAGCCUGACCUCAGAGCUUCCACAUCCAAAGGACGGCCAGGGCUGCGGCGUGGCGUGCCACUGGCUGCGCGGGAAGCAAAUGACCAGCAUCAAGACGGUGGCGUGGAUGAUAACGCUGAGCGACGCGCUGCACAACUUCAUCGACGGCCUGGCCAUCGGGGCGUCGUUCACCGUGUCCAUACUGACGGGCUUCAGCACGUCCACGGCGAUUGUGUGCGAGGAGUUUCCCCAUGAGCUGGGUGACUUUGUGAUCCUGCUGAACUCCGGCAUGAGCAUCCCGCAAGCCAUUUUCUUCAACCUGCUGUCGGCGUUGUCGUGUUACGUCGGCCUCGUGUUUGGCAUUCUGCUGGGGAGCAACUUUGCCCCCAACGCAAUCUUCGCCAUCGCGGGAGGAAUGUUCCUGUAUAUCGCGCUGGCAGACAUGUUUCCCGAGAUGGACAGCAUCGCCCGAGACCAGAAAGAAACUUCCGCCAAGAUCGUCUUCUUCCUGAUCCAGAACGCAGGCCUGCUGACCGGCUUCACCAUCAUACUGCUGAUCACCAUAUUCGCAGGGCACAUCAACCUGGGUUAGAGGAGAGGAGGGGAGGACAAACUGGAAUCAACAUCGUCAUGAGCUGCUGGGAGGGAGAGUGAAUGUGAAGUGAAUGUUUUGUACAAACGGAAAAUCCCUAAAAUGUGUUAAAACGUUUUUUAUUUGUUAUUUUUGACUAUCGAUUUAGUGGAAUGUUUACUCUGUAAAAGGGAAAAAAAAUCUUCACAAUCAUUUCCUGUAUGAGAUACAGACGCAUUUGUUUUAAGGGGACAAUAAAUUAUUUUUACAGUCGUCACACGUAUUGAAAUAUCUUUCGUUUAAAUUUAUUGUGGUGCUGCUUCUUAAACUUAUGCUGCCUUCACGCCUGUGGGAAUAUCCUACUUUCCACUAUGUGAAGUCGGAGAAUGUCACGUUAAAGCGUUUUGUUGUCAGAACGAAUUGAAAAAAAUUCCAUUUUAGAUGCUAUAAUAACUUUGUGCCGCACUAGCCGACUAUAGUGCAUUUGUUAUGGAUUGAACGUUAAAAUGGCAUUGAUCUAUAUCAAGUUAAGUUGAAUGGAUUACAGAUUAAAAUGUAUGUACACAAGCAACAGCUAAUAUUUGUUGCACUGUUAAAAAAAGAAAGAAUGACUUAUUAUCCAUUACUGAAUCUAUCCUCUUCUCCGCCAUGUUGAAAGGUUCUGGUCGCCCCCCAACUCGGGAACUCUGGUAUCAAAAUUAUCUCCAGAGUUUCCCCACUCGUAAUCACCACUUGAGGGGGGAGUUCACUUGCAAUUUCAAAGUCUGCAACUCGUAUUUACCAUAAUUCCGAUAGCACCUGAAGCCAGCAUAACUGCUGCGUUAUCGUGACAACACUCAGAGUUUUGACUGUUGUGGCAGCAGAGUUUGACCUCUAGGGUUUGUGACCUCGCCGACCGUCACUGGCUCUCGUUCAAGGUUAUGCAGCUGGAGUCUUACGUCGGCAUGUUUCCGAGAAUGUAUUUUGCUGUCUACAAAAUUUUAGAUACGGAAACUUUUUAUUAUUUUGAUGACACUUGGAAUGAUGCCUACUGUCGGACAAAAUACAACUUUUUUAAUGACUUUUCCAAUAUAUAGAAGAAGUAUUCCAAAAUACACAAACACAUGCAAAAAACCUGGAGGAGCACUGACUGUAUGAGCAGUAUAAUUAACCAACAUAGGAAAUAGGAAAUACCAAAGAGUACAGAUACUAUAAUAAAUGACAAUGGACUAGUUAUAUAAUUUGCAUUGCUCAUUUAUUUGCUUUUAUUGAUUACCAUUUUGUGUUUCAUCUGCCAGUAUGAAAAUCACUUUAUUUUUAAGAUUAAAUUGUGUAAUUUUUUUUUUUAUGAAGAGCCACAAAAUUGUACUUGGGGGUUCUAAACAUAAACAGUUCUUAAAUUUUUUUUAAUGUAAUAUUUGUGUUUUAUUUUUAUUUUAUGCUUUACAAUGUAUAAAGGGAAGCAGAGAUUUUAACAAUAUUGUGUGGAAAUGUUUAUUUAAUAAAAUGAAAAAUUCUAAAUUCUUAAGACAGGAAAGCAGCAAAACACACUUCACACACAAGUUAUGUCUAUUUAUACUCCCUGUCACGGUCCAGUCGUUGUUUGUUUUUUUCAAAUUAUUGGAUAAAUAAAUGAAUAAACUUA